AUUGUGUGUAAAUUUAUUUUUUUUUCCAUUUUAAUGAGUCCAUUAAAUAAAGUCCCGCUCAUAGAUAACAAAUAUAAAUGAUUGUGGUAAAUAUUUAACCCCUUAAAUGUCAGCUUUAGCAGUUAAAGUGUCACAUAAGUUGAUUUUCAUUUCCCAUUCCGUAAAUACAAUAAAGAUCUAUCCAAUCAAAUAAAUUUCACUCCAAAAUACACAGUUCGUUAAAAAUUUUAAAACAGUCAAAGUAGGGCAAACAUCAAUAUAAAAUUUCAGCGACCCAGCAGGCUGAGGUAAUACAACCGGUUCGUUGGUUUUUUUUCUGGUAGAACUCCAUUACCCAGGAUGCACCACACCUUCCAGUGACGUCUAGGCUAAUAUGAGGUGAAACGGUUAUUUUCAGCUAACUACCUGACUAAGAACGGUGGCAGCUACACCUGAACCAACGCGGUGCUUUACAGUUACAGAGUCUCAAACUCAUCAAGAAUAGCUCUUCCACGGAGGGUUUGAUCCACCUCACAGUUUGUUUGUGAGUUUAUCGCCAUGUUAUCUUCCAUUCCCACCAGGCUGCUGACGCGAAGGUCGCGCAGCCUGUCACCUUGCGGUCGCGUGCUCCAGACCAGCGCGAGCGGAGCCGCGGGUCAAACCUUUCUCGAAACACCGGGACAGACCAACCGCAACCCCAUCGUAUCCACGUCCCGGGUCUCCAGGAGGGGGAUUUUGUCUGAAGAGACCGCUGUUACCAGCGUGAACGCAUCUGUGCAAUACCACCACCUCGCCCCAAGAUGGCUGUCGAACCUGGAGAACCGCCGUAGCUCCUGGGCGGCUCUGGCCAGCAGAGGGCGCCAAAAUAACCAGUACUGGGAGGACAGCAGGCAGACCGGUGGGAGCGAGAACCGGGGUACAGGUGGAGGUGCCAGCCGAGCUGGACUGGCCUCUGCUGGUGUGCUGUCAGCCGCAGCGGUGGCCUUUUGUCUGAGAAAAGACUCCGAUAACAAAGGUGAUGCUCUUCUGGAGGCAGCAAGAACCAACAAUGCACAGGACGUGUCGAGGCUGAUUAAUGAAGGCGUGGAUCCAAAUCAUCGUCACCGCCUAGGAUGGACCGCUCUCAUGGUGGCUGCAAUGAACCGACAGCACAGUUCGGUGAAGGUUCUGCUUGAAGCCGGUGCCGACCCGGACGCCGGAGAUGACUUCAACAAUGUUUAUGACACUUCAAGGGAGAAAGGCAUCCACUCUCUGGAAGUUCUGGUGUCCAGAGAGGAUGAAUUCAGCAGCAGGCUCAGCAGCAGGGCUGGUUUCCGUGGCUGCACUGCUCUUCACUACGCCACGUUGGCUGAUGACCCACACACAGUUCGCAUGCUUCUGGAGGCUGGUGCCAACCCGCUGCAAACCAAUGGUUUGGGACACACGGCUCGGGCCUAUGCUAAGGAGGGAGAGGUCAGCACAGUACUGCAGGAGUGGGAGGGCAAGUUUAAGGACCUGCAAGCUCGUCGGGAGGCAGAGGAAAGGAGGAAAUUCCCCCUGGAGAGGAGACUAAAGGAACACAUCAUCGGUCAGGAAGGGGCCAUCAACACGGUGGCUUCAGCCAUCAGAAGAAAAGAGAAUGGUUGGUACGAUGAAGAGCAUCCUCUUGUCUUCCUCUUCCUUGGCUCGUCAGGAAUCGGAAAGACAGAGUUGGCAAAACAGGUGGCUCGCUACAUGCACAAAGACGUUAAAAAGGGUUUCAUUCGUAUGGACAUGUCUGAGUUCCAGGAAAAACACGAGGUUGCAAAGUUUAUUGGCUCGCCUCCAGGAUACGUUGGGCAUGAGGAAGGGGGUCAGCUAACCAAGUUGUUGAGGGCAUGCCCCAACGCUGUCGUCCUGUUUGAUGAAGUGGAUAAGGCUCAUCCUGACGUUCUUACCAUCAUGCUGCAGCUGUUUGAUGAGGGACGUCUCACAGAUGGCAAAGGGAAAACUAUUGAGUGUAAGGACGCCAUUUUCAUCAUGACAUCAAAUGUUGCAAGUGAUGACAUUGCCCAGCAUGCUUUGCAGCUGCGGCAGGAAGCUGAGGAGGUCAGUCGCAGGAAGCUUGCUGACAACCUUGAGGAUGUACAGAAAGGUGAUGACAUUAAAAUCUCCCGACAGUUUAAAGAAACGGUGAUUCGACCGAUCCUGAAGGCUCAUUUCCGGAGGGACGAGUUUCUCGGUCGAAUCAAUGAAAUCGUGUACUUCCUGCCGUUUAGUCACUCGGAGCUGCUGCAGCUGGUCAUCAAAGAGCUCGGCUUCUGGGCCAAAAAGGCUAAGCAGCGCCAUGACAUCACACUCAAGUGGGAUCGCCCGGUCCUGGACCUGCUGGCGGGUGGAUAUAACCUGCAUUAUGGAGCACGUUCCAUCAAACAUGAGGUUGAGCGGCGGGUCGUCAACCAGUUAGCUGCGGCAUACGAACAGGAGCUGCUGCCCAAAGGCUGCACCCUGCGUCUGUCUGUCCAAUCAGAGGGCCGGGAGGAGCGCAGCACACCCAGCCUGCGCCUGGAGGUGGUGGGAGAGGACAGUUCAUCAACAACGCUGGACCUUCGUUCACCGCUGAACCCUGAACACUAACGUACAAGACAACACAAAACCUCAGCAGCAGCAUCAUCAUUAUCCAGCAUCAUGAGGAUGAAUGGGAACCCAUGGAUGUUCUGAAUAAAAGCACCUCUGCGAAUCUUCACAGCCUCUGAUUCAGCUCGCCAAAGUGUCCACACCAUGCAGUACAGCUUAUGCAAAGACCAACAGUGUUUCUGCAGAACACGCUUAUUCAGUCGUUCACACCUAGCUAUCAGCAUCAUGACCAUGCAUCAUCAGUGAAGCCAUUGUAUUAGCCUACUUCUCUGUGCUGUCGAUCUGUAUAGCUGUUAGUCACACAGUGACAGUUUAUGUUUACAAUGUAAUGCACAAUAAAAGCCAAGAUAAUAGAAUAUUUAUUAAAUAUAUAUGUGUUACAAAGUUAAUGGAUACAGUUUAUGGAGCGAAUCCAGCAGUCGUACAGCCAGUUGGCUUUAGGUGAGAUGAAUGCUGACAUAUUGUCGUAAACUAAAGGUAGGAAUGUCUCUAUUUCAGCUAGCACGCUAUUUUACUGUAAAUCUUUAUGGUGAAUCAGUUUUCCAUAAAGAGGACACAUUAGUUGUUUCAGUGUUGACACAUAUCAGUGAUGAAGAAGCCCACACUACCAGAACUACACUGAUAAACCACUCAUUCAUUAAUAAAGAGUGCGGUAAUGUAGAAACAUUAACAGUAGUAGUAGAUCAUUUAAAUCAUGAUCAACAAAAGCUGCUUUGCAAAUUGUCUGUUUAUGUUGGUGUAGAAACGCUAUAAACAAACACACCAUUCAACAUUUAGCAUCCUCCAUGUUUACCAGCUUGUUGACAAGAAGCCAAACGUAGCGGAGACACAUUUCUGCUCCUUGUAUCCCAACCUACUGCGUGUAAAUAAAACCUUCCCAACAACAA